AUGUUGAUCAUUCUUUAAUGCAAACAAAUAUUGAUAUAACAUAACCUAUUUUAUAAUUCGAAAAGAAUACAAAAUUGUAUCGAAAUGUGUUGACAAAUGAAAAUUCUAAAAAUAUAUUUUCGAACUUAAAUAUCAGCAAGCAAACUCAUAAAUAUAAAAAAUUCGGUAAGAAAACGAUAUUACAAAAAUACCUCGGCAGAUUUAUUUUUGUUUUUAGAUUAUUAUCUUCUAUAGAAUAAUAGUGUUGUAAUAUAAAUAAUUUAUUUAAAUCGUGACAAAUAAAAGCGCCAUCUAUAACAAGAAAUGAAUUAUUAAGUGCGUUGUGUAGGUACUUGAUUUGUUGGUUGACUUUCCAUUUUUGACCAGAUAAUGCUGAAUCAUUAAUCAAACAGUCGUUCGUAUCGAAUGACACGACAAUCAUUUGAACUUUAUUUACAGUGAUUAAACAGUGAUUCAUUCCUGAUUGAAUACAUAUCGAGAUAAUUCUAACCUAAAUGUUACAGAAAAAGAUAGUAUUUAUUUCGCUGUAAUAAUUCUAUAUUUCGGAGGAGUCAACAUUGUUUAGGCAUGAGACGGGUCGACUUGAAAGUCGUGUUACUGGGUAACGCGGCCGUAGGGAAGACAAGUCUUGUGGAACGUUUCGUAAACGAAAGAUUCAAUGAGAGUCUUUCCUAUCAAAAUACUAUAGGCGCUGCGUUUGCAGCUAAACAAAUACAACACGAUGGGAACAAGUUUAUUAUGGGAAUAUGGGACACUGCAGGCAGCGAAAAGUAUGAUGCAAUGACUAGGAUAUAUUACCGUGGAGCAAAAGCUGCUGUAGUGUGUUACGACAUUACGAAAUUAAAUACAUUUCAGAGGGCAAAAUUCUGGGUAAGGGAGCUCAGAAGUGUUGAAGAGGAUUGUAAAGUAUAUAUUUGUGGUACAAAAAAGGAUAUCUUAGACCACGGUGCAAUUCCAUCACCUGAAAUAGAUGUUGUGGAAACAUAUACAACAGGCAUACAAGCUAAGUUCUUCAUAACAUCUAGCAAAACAGGGGAAAAUGUUGCUGAAUUGUUUAAUGAAAUUGCACAAGACUUUAUGUCCGACCCAGUGAAUGUACAAAGUAUAAAAGAGACAAUUGAUGUAAUCGAAGAGCCUAAGAAAACACAUUGUUGUUCGUUUACGUAACAAAAUGGAUAUUAGAAGUUACUAUAGUUCUCUUAUCUCUCGUAUAUUAUACCGCUCUAUGUAAGUGAAUGUUGUAAAUGCAGAUCAAUGUGCAAUAUACUUAGUCAAGAUACAUACUUGCACGUACAUGUAAAGGAAACUUCUACCCUUGAGAUCUAUUUUUAAAUAUACUUAUUUUACAUUUUUGUAA